GACGGGGUGCGAGAUUUGCAUACGGCUUUAAUCAGCUGCAUACUGAUUAACUUUCAUUAUGGAUGCUGCGCUUCCAGCUGUAGUCUUUGUGUUUCGCUCGCCACGGAACAAACAACUUUCCUCGGAAGCGUCGGCCGGAGCGCGGGAGCCGUUCGCUGUCGCUGAUGCCUCGUGAUCGCUCGACAUCGUAGCGCGGGUCGUGAGAGCUCGUUUCUGGAGGGUUUGGGUCGAGCGGCCGCUGGUGGACGCAGAUUCUAGCAGCUGUCCAGCAGAUCUGAGUAAAAGCACCAUGGAGAACAGAGCGCAAGGACUUCAAGCUCAGGCCAACGGUCUGGACGCACACAAACCAAAUGGACAAGCAACAAGUGCAAUCAGCAACGCUCAGGCGCAGGCGCUGCUCCAGCAGUUGAGUUUGACUCCAGCGCAGCUGUUGCUGCAGCAGACGCAGGCGCAGCUCAUCGCAGCCGUGCAGCAGUCGGCAGGUCAACAGAGCAGCACCACUGGAGCCAAUAUCUCCGCCUCCGCGGCCACGCCCAUCACUCUGUCCCAGCCCAUCCAGAUCGCAUCUCAGCUGCAGCCACAGGGUUUGAACCUGCAGCAGUUCGUGUUGGUUCAGCCGGGUCACUCCAUCAGCCCUCAGAUUCAGCCCCAGUUCAUCAUCUCUCCGUCUCCUCAGGGUCAGACCGGUCUCUUGCAAGCUCAGAAUAUCCUGACUCAACUACCUCAAAGCCAAGCCAGCCUCCUGCCCGCUCAGACCAGCAUCGCUCUCACCACACAGGCGGCCACACCGACGAGGAAGAUCGCGGCCAUGCCGUCUCCCGCGGCUCCCACUCCGAAGCGCGUGGACGGCCCGUGUGUGGAGGAGGCCAGCGACCUGGAGGAGCUCGAGCAGUUCGCAAAGAACUUCAAGCAGAGACGCAUCAAGCUGGGCUUCACUCAGGGUGACGUGGGGUUAGCGAUGGGGAAACUCUACGGCAACGACUUCAGCCAGACCACCAUCUCCAGAUUCGAGGCCUUGAACCUGAGCUUCAAGAACAUGUGCAAACUCAAACCACUGCUGGAGAAAUGGCUCAACGACGCAGAGAACAUGUCAGCUGACUGUGUGGUGUCGAGUGCGAGCGAGAUGUCUCCGGGUCUCUGCGAGAGUCUGAACCGGCGGCGUAAGAAGCGGACCAGCAUCGAGACCACCAUCCGUCUGGCAUUAGAGAGGAGCUUCCUGGAGCAGAGUCAGAAGCCGUCAUCGGAGGAGAUCACAGUGAUUGCGGAUCAGCUCAACAUGGAGAAGGAGGUGGUGCGAGUUUGGUUCUGUAACCGCAGACAGAAGGAGAAGAGGAUCAAUCCUCCCAGCAGCUGCAGCGGAUCGUCCGCGUCAGCCAUCAAAGCCAUCUACAGCACCUCCAACACUGCAGUGUCCAGCGGCACAAACACACUGACGGUGAAUUCUGUAGUUCCACUGAGCGCCAGCAGCAUCUCAAACCUCACGCUCGGUGGCGCUCUGGCUCAGGUGACGUCACACACUCCGUCGGUCAUCUCCAUGGCACCAGCCAUCGCUACGCCCGCCCCCACUGUGACAUCACCAUCACUGACCACGUCCGUUACUGCUGUGAAACAAGAGUUGAGCGCAGUUUCCUCGGCAACCACGGUCACGCAGGGGGCGGGGCAGUUGCUGGUGACGGGCACAGGACUGGGCGGAGCUAAUCUGACUGCUGUUACUGGGGGUUUGAACCCAACGAUCAUAACGCCCUCGCAGCUGACGCAAGGUGGGACGCUGCUGAGUUUGACUCCUGCUCUGGGAAACACGUUGAUGAACAACAACACACUGGCCACCAUCCAGGCAGCUCUUGCGUCGGGCGGCGCUCUGCCUCUGACGUCCAUCGACGGAAACACCGGCCUGCUGUUCGCCAACACCAGCGCAGGAAACCCCGCCUCCGGCCUGAUGACCACGCCCUUCUUCCUCAACCCGUCCGGCUUCUCUCUGCUGCCCGCCAAUCUCCUGUCAGCGGGCGGGGCUGGAGGCGGAGCUCUCAACCUGCAUGUGACCAGCGAUGUGCAGCAGAGUCCUGUUGCCACGACGACGAAGAACGUGGCCUUGGCCUCGAAGGCUCAGUGAGCGCGUGCGGCUGCGAUUAAUCCUGUUGCUAUUACCAAAAACACUUCUGACCGGUGUAGUGAGCGCAGGACUGACGAGCGACCGCCGGGUUUGUUGUAUGAUGCCACGCGCUCUUGGACACGGUCAGGAUGGAACUUUAUUUUUGCAUUAUUUCUCAAACUAACGUCUAAAUUAACCAAAAAUGUGAGACUUUUUCAUGACGGCAGAUUCUUCACGAGAGAUUAUUUCACGUAACAGAGUUUAUAUUGACUUUCUACGAGGGGUUCUGUUGUUUUUAUUUGCGGCUCUGUGAAACGGGCCGAUUGUAGAUUUAUAACCAAAAGCAUUUCAGAUGUUUUAUGUUGCGAGUUACUGCAGCGCGUCGGUGGAGGUUCUACCCGAUGACUUUUUAAACUAGUACUCUAACUCGACAUCACUUUAUAAAUACGGUUAGAAGGCUUUAAACUAGUAAUAAUCCGUCACAGUGAGCGCGUCUCCUGUGAGAAAUGCAAUCUGUCACACGUUUGUCUGAACACUGAUUGUGUUUGUAGUGUUGAUGUGAGUCAGCGGCGGCAGAGAGACGAGUUCAUUCAGCAUGAAUCUAUUAAAUCUGUGUGAUUCCACCUCAUGGAUGUUCUGUCUUAUCAAAUACUGGGUGUUGAACGUUUAUUUCCCUUGUUUCUAGUGUUCAGUAACAUGAUGACGGCCUGUUUGAAGCCUCUGGAUCGACUGAUCUGACAGCAGCUUCACAAACACUACAGCAUCUUGUACAGAAUUUGCACAUGAAUCUCACCAGACUUUGUGUUUGAGAUUCUAUGGAAGCUUGUUUCUGCCACAGAAUAAAAAAAUAAAAAAGGCAAUUUGACGAAAUUGACUUUUUUCUCAAGAAUUGCGACUUUUUUUUCUAGCAGUUCCGAGAAUCCAAGUCGGACUUCCAAGUCGGACUUCCCAGUUCCCAGUCACUGUUCCAAGAAACCAAGUUGAAGAUCCAAGUCAGAUUUCCUGAUAAACCAAGUUAGACUUCCAAGCCAGAGUUCCUAGUCAGACUUUGCAGAAACCAAGCCGAGUUCCUAGUAGGAGUUCCAAGAAACCAUGUUGGAGUAACUAAGCCAGCAAGUCCGACUUGGAAGAAACUUCCAAGUUCUAAGAAAUCAAAUUGGAGUUCCAAGUCGGAUAUCCCAAGAAACCAUGUCAGAGUUCAGAUAAACCGAGUCAUACUUCUGUGAAUUAACUUUUUUAUUUUUUUAUUCUGUUAAACAAGCUUCCAUAAGAUUGACCCCAACAGUCUGUGAUGUUGCAGAGAUUUCGUUGGAUUCCGUUUGUUUUUUCCAAACACGAGCGUUUUCUGUCUUUUUAGAAUCAUUUGAGAAUCGCAGUGUUUCUGUGCUGAAACAGACGCAAACAGAAUCACAAAAGAAGCUGCAGCCAAAGUUAGUCUCUGUUUGUGAGUUUAUUCUGCCGUCAGCGAACAGAGACGUGUAGCGUACAGGUGAGGUCAGAGGUCAAUGUGUGUUUUUGUAUAAAUACCUCCAGCACUGAUGUUAGAGUGGCGGAUCUUCAGUCCAAGACUACUACUGUGUACAGUCUCUUUUAACUCGUUUUUACUUCAUUUGUGUCAUUUUUACUUCGUCUCCUGCUCUCAUGAACACGUUCUGUUGAAUCGACGGCGUCUCGUUGUUUUUAUCUGCUUCCAACAGUCUGUGGUGGAAACUCAGCAUAUGAACCGUUCUGAGGUUUUCAGCAUGAUUUUAUUUAUACUCAUGAAACUAUUGAAACAGAAGGCGGCGACAUUGAUCUAUUAAUAUCGUUCGUUUCCAUUCUGCUUUUGUCUCUCGCCUGUGAAGUUUAAUAUAUGAAAUAUUUCAGUGAUUCAUCUUUAGUGUCUUUAUUGUUUUCUGCAGGAAUGAAAAAGCAGAUGAAAACCAAAGAUUCAUCCGUUUCUUCUCAGUCGUCUUUAUCAUCUUUAUUCGAACACCCACAAUAUAUACCAGGAUUAUAUAUACAGUAAAUAUAUAAAUAUGUGAAAAAAGAUUAUUUUGUGUUUCCCAAAGCAAAAGUCCUCUUGAGGAUGAAAACCAAAGAUUAUUCACUUUCUCUUUGCCUUUCCCUUGAUUUUUUUUUUUUUUUUUAUGUAUAAUUCAUUGGAAAUCGUAGUCGUAUUCUAGUCUUUAUAAUCCAGUAAUCAAUUUAUUGAUUUUAUGGUGGAAUAUGAAUCAUUUUCUCUCUGCAUGAGAUGAAACAGCAGCAUCUCUGAGUUUCUUCUGUCGUUCUCAUUGUGAUUCAGACGAUGUGUGUCGACUUUCACUGCAGAAUGUUUUAUAUCAUACAGAAGGGCUACACACACACACACACACACACACACACACACACACACACACACACACACACACACACACACUUCUGUUCCUCCGCAGGUCUUCUGGACUCGAGCGGCUCCAGUUGUUGCUGUUUCAUGGUUUACUGUACACAUGAGCUCCUCUGGAGUUUGUAUUUUCUUUGCUGUUGAUGAGUUUGUCAUGUUGCUGUAGAUUUCAUUAAAUGUUUUUCUCAGACUGUU